UGCCCUAGCGACGCGCUUCUGGAUCUUCCAUCGGUGCAAUCGGCCGGCCCUUUCUCUUGAGACUUGCUGGAUCCAGACGCAGAGAUAUGGCUGUGUCCGUCCGAGGCCAGUCCUUAACGGCUGGCGCCCCCGAGGGCCAGUCCGAGGCCGACAAGACCUCAGGGGAGCCUGAGAACACCUAUAUUCUGAGGCCCAUUUUCCAGCAAAGGUUUAGACCCUCUGUGGUUAAAGACUGCAUCCAUACUGUGCUCAAGGAAGAACUGACAGGUGCUGAAUAUUCUCCAGAAGAAAUGCCUCAACUCACAAAACGUCUAUCAGAAAUGAUUAAAGAUAAGCUAAAAGAAUUGGGAUAUGACCGGUAUAAAAUGGUGGUGCAAGUGGUGAUUGGAGAACAGAGGGGUGAAGGAGUAUUCAUGGCUGCUCGCUGUUUCUGGGAUGCAGACACAGACAACUACACUCAUGAUGUUUUCAUGAACGACAGCUUAUUCUGUGUUGUGGCAGCGUUUGGCUGUUUCUACUACUGAAUCUUUGGAAAGUGACUGUGACUUCGAGGAAACCUUAACUUUUUUUUUUUCUUUAUUCUUUUUUUCGGAGCUGGCGACGGAACCCAGGACCUUGCGCUUGCUAGGCAAGCGCUCUACCACUGAGCUAAAUCCCCAACCCCAAACCUUAACUUUUUUAUAUUGUUAGAUUUCCUGACCAAAUAAAAAAGCUGGCACUUUGGUACCUAAAA